AUGGCGACCACAACGGGGACGGGCAAUAGGGACGCCAAGGGCAAGAAGCUGGCGGUGAUGAACGUUUAUGUUUACGAUGCCUUUCUAUGGACCUUUUCCAUCCUCGUGGAGCUCUUCUUCCGGGAAGUGCACCCGAGAAGUAGUUGGAAGGUUCCAAAAGAGGGCCCGGUCAUCUUCGUGUGCGCCCCGCAUGCGAACCAGUUUGUCGACCCUCUAAUGUUGAUGCGAGUCGUCAAGAAGGAAUCGGAUCGCCGUAUACAGUUUCUAAUCGCCGAGAAAUCCAUGAAACGCAAGUUUGUAGGCGCAAUGGCAGGAUUGACAGGUGUCGUGCCUGUGGGAAGAGCUAUGGAUAUGACUCAGCCAGCAACAGGCAAGAUAUACCUCCCGGACCCUAUCAACGAUCCUACGCUCGUCCGCGGUGUCGACACCAACUUUGAAGAUAAGGCUUUUCAGAUUGGUGGUAACAUCGUACUCCCAAAAGUGGACAAUAAGGCGGCCACGGCGGAGAUACUAGAGAUCAAGGGCCCUGAAGAGAUUAGACUGAAGAGGCCUUUUAAGGGAGGCGUUGCAAUGCAACAGAUGACUGGCCGAAACGACAUGACCAAGGACGGUCAGUUCGUUGAGGGAGCUGAGGCGAAGAAAGGCAUUGCCGACGGCUACGAAGGAACGCCUUUUCAAGUUGCGCCCAAGCUUGACCAGACAGAGGUCUACGACGCUGUACAUGACGUACUUCAUCAUGGUGGAAGUAUAGGCAUCUUCCCUGAGGGUGGUAGCCACGACCGUACAGAUCUUUUGCCUCUCAAAGCUGGUGUGGCUAUCAUGGCCCUGGGCACAGUAGCUACAAAGCCCGACUGCAACCUGAAUAUCAUUCCGGUUGGCAUGAAUUACUUCCACGCACACAAGUUCCGCUCAAGGGCCGUCAUCGAAUUUGGCACCCCCAUCCACGUACCACCCGAGCUGGCUAAGAAGUUUGACGGGCCUGGAAGACGAGAUGCAAUUGGCGAGAUGCUGGAAACCGUUCGACAAGGUCUCAUCUCAGUCACCGUUACCACUAAGGACUACGACACCCUUCAGGUCAUCCAAGCUGUACGCCGGCUUUACAAUUCUAAAGGGACCAAGCUUCCAUUGCCUAGAAUUGUGGAGCUUAACCGUCGCCUCGUUCAAGGCUAUGAACGCUACAAGGACGACCCUCGUAUCGUCGAGCUCAAGAAAGAAGUCAUCGCUUACAACGGGAAACUGAAGGCGCUUGGUGUCCGGGAUCAUCAGUUGCAGUAUGCAAAGAUGUCUCCAAUCAACGCAGCCGGUCUUUUCUUUUACCGUCUUGGAAAGUUACUCUUCCUCAGUCUUUUGGUCCUUCCUGGUACCAUCCUCUUCAGUCUGGUCUUUAUCGUCACCAAGGCUGUCUCUAUAAGGAAGGCCAGGGAGGCACUUGCUGCAUCCAACGUCAAGGUCCAGGCUCGGGAUGUCAUGGCCACCUGGAAGUUACUUGUGGCAAUGGCUGCAGCUCCAGCAUCUUAUGCAUGGUACGUCUGUCUCGGGCUUUAUUGGUACUCGUACAACCACUGCAAUGGAUACAUUCCAUGGGACAUUCCAAAGCGUCACCUCAUCCUCCCUCAGAUCGUCCUUUACAUUACUCUGACCUACGGCGCCCUUCGAUUCGGCGAAGUUGCCAUGGACAUACUCAAGUCACUGGGACCUCUCUGGAAGAUGAUGAACCCAUUCUCCAACAACGAACUGGUGAAGCUCCAAAAGCGCCGCGAGAACCUCGCCAAACGUGUCAACGACAUUAUCAAUGAGCUUGGUCCAGAGAUGUACGAGGACUUCCACUCUAAACGCAUCGUUGAGGAUCCCUUUACCAGGGAAAAGCAAGAGCGCCCACGUACGCCGCCUCUCAAAUCUGACCAAGAUGCCCGGGAAGAGGCAGGACAGGAUAUCGAGACUUAUGACUACCCUACUUCGCCUGGAUCUAUGAACGAGAUCCCACGCAAUGAAUCGUUCCACGAUCUUGCGAACCAAGACAUUUUCUCUAGUAACCCACAGACACCCAAGAGAACUAGAAGUAGAACCAACAGCAGCAUGAACUUGGGCGGUUUCCAACUUAAACCAUUUUCUACCAUCGAUGGUAACAUCGACGAAGUGAAGAGGCGGUUAAAGGAUGGUGUCAAGCAAAGGACGAGGAAGAGGAGGAGUAGCGGCGAGGGUAGUUGGGAUGACGGUGAAGAUGACGAGGGACUUGUCAUGGGAAGGAAGGAUAGGUCUUUCACUCAGUAAUGUGGGUUCGCGGGCGGGCGUUGUGUGUGUUUUUAUUCUGAAGAUACCACUUUUCUCUUUGCUGGUUCAAAAUGGGAUGCGCUGGACAAGAUUAUCGUUUGAUAAGAUAUACAGUUUCACGAGAAGAUUAGUAGAAAACUUGAUUAGAUUCACA